AUGAUGUCGGAGGCAAUCGCCACUCUGGCGGUUCUCCAUGGGACAGUGGACUCGAAGAACGCGACGUCUCCCGUCAACGCGGCUAAGGACAGCGCCACGUCCAAGGGGACGACGGUGACGACGACGGCGACGAAGGCACGGCAAACGCCAACGAAACCGGUGACCACCACUACCACCGUAGCAACGAAGAAGCCCUCGGGCGGUGGAACACCACGCAGCAGCAGCACCACCACCACGACGAAGCAGGCCGGCAGUGACCGGGAGGCGCGUGGCAAGCGGACCCUCGAGUUCGGUAACUUCGGGAGUGCCAACUACAACUACCAGGGAGCCCCGGUAGCCCAGAGGCGCGUGUCCUAUCAGGACCCCGGUCACUAUAGCCACUUCCAGGGUAACUACAUCCAACCGCAGUACAGCUACCAGCAGCAGCACCCGCAGGCGCAGGGCAGUCUAGGCUCCUACCAAGGUUUCGACGCGCAGCUCGAUGGCAGCAACUCGAUCGGUAGCUUCCAAUCGCUCGGCCCGGCCGUCCAUCAUCAUCCGCACUACGUGGAGCCGCCGGAGCCGAUCAUCGAGAUCAUCAUCCAGGAUGGCAACGACACGGUGCCCCAAGCCGACCCGCACACCCUCUUCCGGCAGCACAAGAAGAAGAAGGAGGAGGUGCAGGUGUUCUACGUGAAGUACCACAAGGACGAGAAGAACGGGCAGCUGGUGCUGGAUGACCCACUGCCGGCCAUCAAGCCGAUCCCGGACGAGAGCGAGGAGGAGGAGGAUCCGUCGCAGGAGCCACUCGUGGUGACGCCGGGCCCCCCGCUCAAGACGACGACACUCCGGGCGAUCAUUAACCCGGACUCGGAGAAGUACCACAGCAACAGUGGGAUCCGGAUCUCGUUCGGUGUCAACGACAAGCAUCAGACCGGCCACCAGCUGUCGGAAUCGGAGUCGGAGUCGGUCGCGCAGCCCGUCGUAGCGCUCCCGCAUCCUGGCGAUCAGCGGUCCAAGUCGGACGUGUUCUACCAGCAGCACCAGCAGUUUGUCCAGGCUCAGCACGAUCGGACCGUGAGGCAUCAGUAUCCGGCGCCACCACCACCACCACCAGCAGCGGCACCGCAGCCAGCCCCAGCUCACCAUCAUCAUCAGUUCGCUCCGCAACACUAUCACCAGCACUACCAGGCGCAGCCCUUGGUCCAGCAACCGGAGCCGUAUCGAUUCGGACCGGCCACUCCGGCCCCGUACCGGGCUCAACCAGCUCCACCACCACCACAGCAGCAGCAGCAGCAGCAUUACCAACAGCCUUAUCAACCGCAGCAACAGUAUCAGCCCCCUCAGCCCCAGCGUGUGGUCUACAGCCAGCCUCCGCCACCGCAGCCGCAGCCACAACCGCAACCACAGUUCCAGUUCCGUGGCCAGUUCCAACCACAGCCACAGUUGCCACCCCAGCCUCACUACUUCCAGCAACAGCAAGCUCCAGUUCCGCAGCCCCGGCCUCAGCAGGUGCGGUUCCCUCCGCAGCAAGCCCAGCCCCAGCAAUCCUUCUACCAGCCGCAGCCGCAGCAAGCCCAACCCCAGCCACCUCAGCAGCAACCGCAGUUCCAGCGACAGGAGUACCAACAGCAACCGAAACCGAUCCCGAUCCCACUGCACAACAUCAACCAGCAGCCUCCGUUGCGGCCACAGUACGCCCCUCAGCCACAGCCACAGCCGCAACCGCAGCAGCAGCAACAGUUCAAUCAGCCCUUCAACAACUUCCACCGCCAGCCGACGCCACAGCCCCAGCCACAGCCACAGCCCCAGCCAUCCUUCCGCAAGCCACCACCGGCUACGGUAGAGCAGCCCCCGUUCGUGUCAGCGCCCCGACCCCCUCAGUCUCCGGCCGUGCGAGGCAACUUCUACGACGCGGCUCGCCCCGUCCAGGGUGGACUAGUGCAGCAGGCGGCACCGAACCUUGGACCAACGCGGGCUCCCGAACGCGAUCACGCACCCCCAGCACCCCGGGCCCCGCCCUCGUACAGUGGCCUGUCAGAUAGUGAGCACCUGAGCAACCUGAAACACGUGCUACCGGCCGGCGGUGAACUCGUGGCGUCCGUCUCCAAGUACGAGAAGCACAUCACCGAGACGAUCAACGGGGCGCCGGUGGAACAGAACCGACAGCAGUUCGAUCGGGGCCAACAGUACUACAACAUCCUGCCGUCGCAGGAGCUGAUCAGCCACUCGGCCGAGCCGACGAUCGAGACGGUGCCGGCGGCGAAAAACAUUGGCCCCCUGGCAUCGUCCAUCGGGCACCUGCCGACCCCGCAACGGUACGUGAGCCAGCAGGCCGCCCAGAUCAUCCCGAACUCGGAGCCCCUGAACUACGCGCCGGAACCACGCUUCCGCGGAGGGGAAGCCGCCACGGGUAGCACGCAGCCGACGGUGGCCACCAGCCGCACGACAUACUCGCCGACCUUCUCGACGACACCGCGCUACCAAACCACCACCCCAACACCGACCACAACGACGGCAAGGCCGCCACCACCAUCGCCAUCGACACCGCGCUCGGCUGCCGAGGAAGCGGAGGCGAACGAGAAGAAGCAGAAAGCGCUGUUCGAUCUGCCCGACGAGGUGCCGGAAGAUCUGCGCCAGCAGCUCCUCUCGUCCGGCAUUCUCGAGAACGCCGACAUCAGCGUGCUCGACUACGACAAGCUCGGUGAGACGGCGCUCGAGAACCUGCCGCCGGAUCACCUGGCCAACUUCUUCAACGCGGGCGGUGGUGCCCAGCUGGCCGGCUCCAGUAACGUGCUGUCGGUGGUGUCCCCGAACGGGGACAAGCUGGCGGAAAAGUUUAUCACCAAGAACUACGACGUGAAGGGUGGUCGGCACGAUGAGCGCGAUCGGUACGAGAUCACGCAGCCGGACGGUGCGGGAGACACCGGGGGCAGCGAGGAACCCACGAUCGUGACGAUGCCCGAGCGCCAGCACGUCGACCUGAAGGUGGUCCGGUUCGAUUCGAGCAACCCGAAGAACGUGACCGAUCGGUACAUCAAGCCCGAAUCGACGAUCCUCCCGUCGGUGGUGACGGCGAACGAGCAGCCGGAGCGCGAGCGGGACGAAGGAUCGGCACCGCCGUCGGCGGCCGAGCAGAUCUUUAACCGGUACCUGCCGCUCAAGAUCAACGGCGCCCAGUUCCCGAUCCCGGACGUGGUGGAGUUGCGUGGCCGGCGGAUCGCCAGCGUGGUGGUGUUGGCCCCGGUCGACAGUGCGCCGGCGGUGAGCGAGGAAACCGGUGCGUCCGGUGGCACCGAAGACGGUGGGUUCCUGAUCAACACCGAGGGCGGCAGCAGCGACGAGCAGCAGUCACGGUUCGAGCGGGACGUACUGCUCGACUCGAAGCGGAUCAAGUUCAUCGCGGGCGAAGCGCUGAAGCAGCUGAUCAAGAAACCGUCGCGGGACAACUUCCGCCGGUGGCUGGAGCGCGAGGGCAAAACGGACGUCGAUCUGCAGAGUGUGGUGCUGCUGGUCACCAGGAACGCCGACAACGAGCAGGAAAUCUUCAUGUACGACAUCGCGACCAAGGGCGUGACGCAUCUGAGCGGGGAGCUAUCGUCGGCGUUCGUGCGGGUGGCCGAGGAGAACGCCCAGACGCAGAACCUGGACGAGAUGCCGAUCGUCGACAGUGGGAUCGUGGAGCAGAUGGAACCCAAGUCCACCCAAGCCUCAUCCGCGUCGGUGGAGUACGGAGCGUCUGGCGCUGUCACGUCCUCGGAGGAGCAGGACGACGACGAGGAAGCCGAAGCGUCCGAACGGGACGCAAUCUACGUGUACCCGGAGAACUACCGGGGGCUGGAGGUGAACUCGGGCUACAGCAACAUCAAGAAGUAG